AAUCAAGUCAUACAUGUUUUGGGAGGUGAGAACAUCUGUUUUUUCUCAUGUGAUGAAAAUCAUGUGAUGAAAAGGAACUCCAUUUUACCGAUUUGUUCAGACCCGGCCACCUCCGAUCUUUCCCAAUUCCACCGCGCCGGCGACUUCGCAUUUUCUCUCACAGCUUCAUCGAGGUUUCAUCUUCUCCCUCACCUUCAGAUAACUUGCGAAAUCAGUAUUUUGAACUGCUCCAUACAUAUGGUUAGUUAUCAAAACUGUGUAUAUGGAAAGAGUUGAAUAACACACUUCUGGUUCUUGCUUUUCUUGUUUAUCAUGGAGGAUGAAAAUGGUCUCAACCUGAGCUUGGGACUACCAUGUGGUAGAGGGACAGCGUCACAAAAAGAUAAAACCGGGAGCUCAUCAAAUGUUAGGACAGAAGAAGGUGAUAGAAAUAGCAAUUCGAUCAGUGAUUUCAAGAACUUUUUUGAUGGAGGUACAAAAAAGGUUGAUUCUGUUACCGGUUUGCACAAAACUGAUCUUGCGAAAAAUGAGGGGAAUUUUUUUAGUGGCCUUUCCAGUCCCACUGGCCAUUCAGACACUACUAAAAGGUUAAAUAAUGGAGGAUUCUGGGCUGCAAGUAGCAGUAGGUCCAUCGAAGUAGGAGGGGGAAGGAUAACAGAUGCUAGCGAUGGUCACAAAAGGAAAUGUGAUAUAGAUUCUCAUGACAAGACGAUGGCAUCACACAUUUCAAUUAACACGGAUGAUGACUCAACUGGGGACAAUGAAGAUGUAGCUGAUUCUGAAGCAGAAAGUAAUGGCCAAAAUGAGGUUAAUAAUAAGGAUGUUAAUGAAAGUACAGGAUUACAAGGACAAAAAAGGAAUAUGUCUUAUGGACCUCCAUUCUCUCAACCAGUGAACAUUGCAAACAUGCCUUACUCUCUACCUCUAAAAGAUAGCAGUAAUCCUAGUGGCACAGUUGGUGUACCAAGUUAUCCGGGGGUCCACCCUUUCGUACCUGCAAACAUGCCACUGAUGUUUGGUCAUGUGCAGCUGUCCUCACUGGAUAAAGGUAACGUUUGUGCCCCUGCUUCUCAUCUUCACCGCCAACAAAUUCAACCGCCGAAUGCCCGAGGUUCUUUGAACACCGAUAUGCAUGGUGAUAGCAUGAAGAUAACUCAAGCAACUUCAACACCAGUGGUUGUGCACAGCUCAUCUGGCAAUGGAAAACAUCACACUGCAGAAGAAGGUUCAUCGGAAAACGCGAGAGGGAACAACAAUAACUUAAGCUUCAGUGGGGCCAAAGACCCAUCAUCCGAACUGCCCAAAGCAACAUCCACUGCAAAUGGCCUUCCUCGUGACUUCCCAGGAAUCAGACCCGGUCUUGCCGCGGAUGUCAAAUUCGGGGGCUGUGGCUCUUACCCGAAUCUACCUUGGGUUUCAACAACCGGUUUGGGUCCAAACGGUAAAACCAUAUCGGGUGUCACUUAUAGGUAUAGCCCUACCCAAAUCAAGAUUGUGUGUGCCUGUCACGGAUCCCACAUGUCUCCCGAAGAGUUUGUAAGGCAUGCCGGUGAAGAAAGGCCUACAACCACCCAAGAAGCUGUUGGUGGUGGUAUGGGGGUAGUAUCGUCUUUCCAAACAGCAACUCUGCCGCCUCCAAAGCUGAAUGAGUAUGAUUGCCGGAGACAAAAGACCGGAGCUUUUCGUUUUGAGAAGUGGUUAGUUGUAUGUAACGAUUUUUAGGUACAACCUUUUGCCAAAACCAGAUUCUGAGUCAAAUUCUUGUGUAAAUGGCUUUGUAUUAUAGUAUUUUUCGUAAAUACCUAUGGUGAAAAUCAUUCAAUUAAACAUGUUCAUCAUGU